GUUAGUUUUCAGUGACCUCUUAAAGUGAUAAGACGGCAAGUGUACAGAUACUUCUUCGAUAUUAAAAGGUUGUAGCGUUAAUCGCUGCUCUAAUGCAGCCAAUAUUAAUUGUUAUAAAGAGCUGUUUCUUAAUUAUCACACACUUUUAGAAUACAAGGAAAAUGAUUUUGCAGAUAUCGAGAACAAAAAUUAGCAUGGCAUUACUAAAAUUGUUAUUAAGUGUUGGUAUAAUCAUCGCUGUAACGGCUUUUCCUAUAAAUGAAAAUGAGAAAAAGAACUUGCUUACUGCAAGUAAUUACCGUUUUCCGAAUGAUAUAAAACCGAUACAUUAUAAUAUCGAGCUUAUAUUAAAUAUUGAAGAAGGUAUAUAUCGCGGAAAAUCAAACAUCAGCAUCAAAAUUAGUAAAGAAACACGGUACAUAACAUUGCAUUCAUUGAACUUGGCUAUUACCGAAACUACAUUGAUUAAUGAAGAUGUACGACAGUCUAAGAACGAAAAAUUUGUCUAUAAAUCAACGGAAUAUUCAUAUAUUCAGGAGAAAAACAUUGUCAUUAUUCACUUUAAUAAUAAACUAUUGCCCGGGAAUUACACCUUAGACAUAGAAUUCUUCGCCGAAACAAUUGAUAAUAUCGAAGGUCUCUUUAGAACUUCCUACACCAAUGAAAAAGGAGAUAAAGUAUGGUUGAUCGCAACACAUCUGGAGGCAAUAGGAGCACGGCAAUUAUUUCCAUGUUGGGACGAACCAGAAUUAAAGGCUAACUUUACCAUUUCCGUAAAGCAUCCGAUAAAGUACAAAGCUUUGUCAAAUAUGCCGGUGGAAAAGAAAAUAGUUGAAAGUAACAUGGCGUGGACACACUUCAGUACCACACCUAUAAUGUCUCCUAAUCUCGUGACGAUAGUGGUGAUGGAUUUUAUAAGCACGUCCGACGAUUGGAGGGUUAAAAUAUGGCAUAGAGAAGAAAUGUCACCUGCAUUCUAUAUGUAUAUUUUUACUGAUUUAAUCAAGACGAUUUUGGAAAAUGAAUGGUGUACGAUAACUUUGAAAAUGAUUCCUAAAGUGGAUUAUGUUGCAAUCCCAGAUUUCCCAGAAGAAGCUGUAGUAACUUGGGGACUCGUUCUUUACAGAGAAACAAUUGUUAUGGACGAUAAACUAUCAUUAUUAGGCAUGACACAUAACAAAAUGGAGGCGUCACGCUUAAUAGCACAUAAUGUGGCACAGGAAUCUUUUAAAAAUAUAUCACCUUGGUUAAAUGAGGGACUUGCUCAAUUCUUAGAAAUCUAUGCCAUUCAUAAGAAUUUUCAAUUUUAUCAAAUGAUGGAUAUGUUAGUAGUCCAGUUACAACACGAAUCUUUCCUUUUAAACUCCUAUUUCGAUGAGAGACUCGUACAAAUCAUCAAUUCUGAAAUUAAUUCACUUUCCCCUUCUUUGCAUUACAAAGCAUUCUCUACAUUGCGUAUGUUGCAAUAUGUACUUACUGAUGAAGUGUUUCAAGAUGGUAUCAAAAAGUAUUUACACACAAAUGCAUGUAUUCGCCGGACAACAUCUGAUGAUUUUUGGAUCGCUAUGCAAGAUGCUCUUGAUAAAUCGUAUAAUACCGAAAUUAAAUUAAUGGAAAAAAUGAAUGGUUGGAUAAGAUAUAAAAAUUAUCCUAUAGUAAAAGUAAUGCGCUAUUAUAGUCAUACAGAUAUAGUACUAGUAAAUAAUGAUUCAUUCGAUAAUGAUUUGUGGGUACCUAUAACCUAUACUACACAGAGCGAUCUUAAUUUUAACAAGACUUCGCUUCAUCAUAUCAAAUGGCAAAAAUUUACGCCGCAAAAAUCAUAUGUUGAAGUACAUGAAGAUCACAAAAAAGAUGGUUGGAUUAUAUUUAAUUUACAACAAGCUGGAUACUAUCGUGUCGAUUAUGAUAUUGAGAACUGGAAAAGAAUUGCAACGUACCUAAACUCUAUGGAAUAUUCAAAAAUUCAUGUUCUCAAUCGUGCUCAAAUCAUCGAUGACGCUUAUUAUUUCCUAACGAUUAAGCAAUUUGAUUCUUCUGUAUUUUGGCAACUUACGAAAUAUCUAUCGCGAGAGACAGAUUAUGUAGCAUGGUAUCCUAUGAUCAAAGCUCUUGAGCAUAUGUCAAAAGUUUUUCCAAUAUCAGAUAGAAGAGUUUAUAAUAUCAAGAAAGAGAUGAAGGAAAUAUUAAACAAGCUUCUUCGGAAUAUGGGAUACGAAGAAUCUAAUAAAAAUUAUCUUACUAAUUGUCUAAAACAAGAAGUUACAAAAUGGGCAUGUAUUCUCGAUGAACCUAACUGUAAGACAGUAGCAGGUUCGAAACUGCAACAGCAUCUCGCAAAUCGUACAACAAAUAAACUUCUGCCAUGGUGGGAAGAAUGGACAUAUUGUAAUGGUUUGAUGACGGACGAUAGUAUUUGGAAUGAUGUAUUUGAGAUGUACAUGAAAGAAUCUGAUAAUAAAUAUUUAAAAUUUCUGGCUUGCUCUGGAAAUAUUGCUAUCAUUCAAAACUAUACGUUGCUAAUGGCAUCGAAAGAUCAUAAUAUAAUAAUAAAAGAUAAGGACCAUAUUAACAGUUUUCAUUUUAUUAUUGCCAAACAUGCAAAGAAUGGGAUAAUGCUUAGUUAUAUAUUAUCAAAUUUUGAGAAAAUAAUACCGAGACAAGCCAGUCGGAUUGCAGUAUUAAUUGAUCUUAUAAAUCAUGUGUAUACUAGGGAAGAACUUAACAAGAUACACCAAUUCGUAGAAAGUUACAUGAAAAGUCCACGUUUGACGUUUUAUGUUGAAGAAAAGAUAAAAAAACGCUUAAACGAAAUCGAAAAUCAGACAAAGUAUCUUGUAAACCUUUCAGAUAUAAAAGUAAACAGAGGAAUGUAUUGAGAACGAGAUGAUGAAGUAGCUCAGUGACAGAUUAGCUGCCUAUUAAGAAGAUCCUAAAUCCUGAUCGCGAGAACGCCGUUUUUCCCCUCUGCUGAAGAGCAUAAUAAUAAAUGUUGACGUAUUAUUAUGCCCUACACAUAAUAUC